AUGACCUCUUUGCCCUGCCCCUUCCCUGGCCAGGACGCCUCCAAAACUGUCUUCCCGGACCUCGCCCCCCUCCCGUCGUCGGUGGCAGCUGCCUACCCGCUUGGCUUCCCGCCCGCAACCACAACCUCCCCCGACUUGUCCUACUCCGGACUCUACGGCAACCUCCUGUCUUACCCCUGCCCCCGGCCGGCGACCCCCGCAGACUCCUACCUGCCCUGCCUGCAGCCCGCGGCGCCCGCUCAGCCCCUCUGCGGCCCCGCCGAGCACCCGCGUGAUCAGGAGGCAGGCUCAGAGAAGCCACCGCUGCCGCCCCCUUCCCUGGAGCCCUCAGAGCGGAGCCGGCAGGCCCAGGCCAAGAAACUGCGCAAGCCCAGGACCAUCUACUCGAGUCUGCAGCUGCAGCACCUGAACCAGCACUUUCAGCACACGCAGUACCUGGCGCUGCCCGAGAGGGCCCAGCUGGCGGCACAGCUUGGCCUCACGCAGACCCAGGUCAAGAUCUGGUUUCAGAACAAACGCUCCAAAUACAAGAAACUCCUGAAGCAGAACUUUGGUGGGCAAGAAGGAGACUUCCCAGGGAGACCCUCCUCCCUGUCUCCCUGCUCCCCACCUCUUCCAUCCCGCUGGGAUAUGCCCAAGGCAGGAGCCCUGCCCGCUGCUGACAGUGGCUAUGGCAACAGCUUCGAAGCUUGGUGUCAGCAUCACGCCUCAGAUGUCCUGACUCUGCCCCAGAUGCUGUGA